AUGAGUGGAGCACGGAGGCCGCCAACUCCAACUGUUCGUUUAGCCAGUACCUUGAAAAGACGAAGUAUUGGUAAAUUGACGACUCCGGUUCUCAAAAAAUCUAGCAUCGCGGCUCCGACAAAUGCCACUAGACCACUCCAAAAUACAUUAAUAACAGGCAGAGCAACGACAUUUGGAACAGCGAAUUAUUCACGUGUCAGUACAAUAAGUGGAAGACCGACAGCGAAUGGAAAAGAAAAUGUUGGUCCGCGAUCAUCGAGACAAUCUGCCGAAGUGGCUCGAAAUGGACCGACAACUCGAAACGGAGUGACUUCUGGAAGAGGGACGAGAAGUGUGACUGGACGAGUAGGAAUACCGCCAAAAGAAAAUCCUGAAUUGGUUCUUCUUCGGGAAAAACUCAAAAUGACCGAGGAAAUUCUAGCAAUGAAAUCUGAAGAUUUGACGAAUAAGACGGAACAGUUAGCUCAGUUAGCGAAAGUCAACGAAUUCCUGAAGAAAAAAAUAGACGACGCAACCAGUCAAUUGGAAAAACUGACUAAUGAAGUUAAAGAAAAAACAGACGAAUUAUUUAAAAAGGAAAACGAUUUGAGAAAACUUCAUAAUGAUGUCGUUGAUCUUAAGGGUCAAAUUCGUGUAGUGGUCCGGGUCCGUCCGCUAAUUGGUGCCGAAAAAGACAAAUCAUCGUCGACGUUGAUUUCGUAUCCUUCUAGGAACUCGAUUGGAAUCGAACAAGGCGGAAAAUCGGCACAUUUUGAUUUCGAGAAUGUAUUUACGCCUGUGUUCACACAAGGUGAAGUUUUCGAGAAUUUUCGAGAACUUGUUUUGUCUUGCCUUCAUGGAUAUAAUGUCUCGUUGAUUGCAUAUGGUCAGACGGGUUCUGGAAAAACUCAUACGAUGCGCGGAGGAGCUGGUGAUUUAGAAGGAGUUAUUCCAAGAUCGGUUGCUUACAUUUUCGAGAACAAAAAAAGUUUGGAAAUUCAAGGCUGGCAGUUUGAGUUCUUUCUGUCAUUUCUCGAAAUUUACAACAAUGAGGUGUUCGAUCUUCUCGAGAAACACAAUAAACUGAAAGUGCGACUUGCUGGAAACGAUGUGGUCGUCGAUGGUCUCACAUCACAUCAGAUUUUGAAGCCAAAUGACGUUGCGCAAUGGCUUCAAGCAUCGGAUCGAAAUCGGAAAACGGCAUCGACAAAUUGUAAUGCGGAAUCGUCGAGAUCUCACGCAAUUUUCCAAUUGACAGUUCAUGCGAAGCAACCCGAAACUCAAAUUGCAACCACUUCUGUUUUGAAAUUAGUGGAUUUGGCGGGUUCGGAACGUGCAAAUGAAUCCGGUGCGAUCGGAGAUCGUUUCAAAGAGUUGACAUUCAUCAACCAAUCGUUGUCGGCCCUUCAGAAGUGCAUCAGUUUGCAGAAGCAGAACGCAAACCAUGUUCCUUAUCGUGACACGAAGCUCACGCAGCUGUUGAAAGAUUGCAUUGGAGCUGGAAGCUCGAAGACAAUGGUCAUUGUUAAUAUAAAUCCGACGGACGAGCAAAUACAAGAAUCGAAACGAAAUAGUAAAAUGGCUGAAGAAGACAUUGAUGAUGAUAUUAUUGACGAAGAAAUGAAUGAAUGCAGUUCUUCUAUUGACGCUGAGCAAGAAAAUGAUGGAAAAGAGGCGGAUGAUGUUCCAGUACUUAAAAUUCUGGGAAAUCAAGUUAUGCACAAUUUGGAGUCUUUAAAAAUUACAAGUUCGUGGGUUUCAAAUGCAACUACUUUUUCCGCGUCGAUUGAUAAAACAACUACGGAAAAAUUAGAUACCAUUUUAUUACCGCAGCAUCUAAAGAAAUGUGUUCCGGAGAAUGUAAAAUCGUGGUUUCCUGUUCAGUAUUCCGUUAUCCCUUCUCUAUUAAAAGAGAUUCAAUGUCCUCCAGCUGUUCGUCCAAGAGAUGUUGCUAUUGCAGCGCCAACAGGAAGCGGAAAGACUCUGUGCUAUACUCUGCCAGUUCUCUCUGCCAUAGGCGAAAGAAAGUCAAAUGUAUUGCACGCUGUUAUUCUGGUUCCCGUUCAAACGCUGGUUUCGCAAAUCGUUGAAGAAUUUGCUCGAUGGAACAUUGAAGGAUAUGCGAGAAUUGUCAGCUUAUCGGGAGCACACGAUCUUGAAAAAGAAGCGAAAAUGUUGGAGACCGAACCACCUAACGUGAUUGUUGCAACACCGGCACGUUUUGUUCAACAUUUAACAUCAAAAGUUCCACCUCCAGUGGAUUUAAAAGGAUUACGCUAUUUGAUUGUUGACGAAGCUGAUCGAAUGGGAAAAUUGAUGAGGGAAGAAUGGCUUGAGCUUGUCGAUUUUCUUUGCGGUGGAAUGGAUAGAAUCGCAUGUUUGAAUGAUGUUCUUCGACAAAGGAGGGCUCCACAGAAGAUUAUUCUUUCUGCUACUCUUUCCAAAGACGUCGAAGAACUUCAUUUGUGGAAUUUAUUCAAACCACGCUUGUUCUCAGCCACUGCCAAACAUUGCGAUGAUAUUUCCGAAGAAAUUAAUCAUGUUUCCGGCGUUCUCGCUCUUCCUUCUUCAAUUACUCAUCGAAUAAUUGUUUGUGAUAUGAAAUACCAUCCGCUUGCCGUUUAUCAGCAGAUUAUUCGUCACGAUUUCAACAGGGUCAUUAUUUUUGUCAACGAAGUAAAUUCUUCGAAUCGAUUGGCGCAUGUUCUUAAAGAAUUGUGUUCUCAACAAUACGAGGUUGCUUAUUUCACCGCGAAAUUGUUUGGAAAACGAAGAUACCAAAUGCUGAAGCGAUUCAAUGAGAAUCCGAAGAGAAUUCUGAUUUGUUCCGAUGUUUUAGCGCGAGGAACAGAUUUGAAUCAAAUUGAUUGUGUGAUCAACUACAACUUACCCGCAGAUGAUAAACUUUUUGUUCACAGAGCUGGGCGUACGGGACGUGCUGGACAAGAAGGAUAUGUUAUUAGCAUUGGAGAUAAAGAUACGAAAAGGAUAUUCAUUAAAAUGCUGAAGGCAACAAAUCUUUGGGGAAAUACGCGAGAAGAGAUAAUAGAGGAAUAUCAAUUCGAAAGAGAUAAAGAGAUCUACUCGAAAGCUCUGGAAAGUCUUAAAAACGCUAUUGAAAAAGAGCAUGGAAAUCAAGCGGCGAAACCGACGAAACGAAGUGGUUUUGAAGCGAAAUUGCGGAGUCGACCGAAUGCGGCCGGACAGAAGCCGUGGCUUAAGCGCAAAAAUGACGAACAAUCGUAG